AUGAUUCUGUAUCCAUUCCAAGCAAAUUCUAAUAGAAUUAGAAUGGUCAGAACAAUUAGUAGCAUGAUAAGAGUUUAAAAUGCUAAUAAGUUUUCCAGAGAUGACAAUGGCUAUUACCCAGGUAAUAGCGUCAAUGAAGCCAAAUACUCAACACAACCUGCGAGUAACGAUUACAUUGAGAGUUUUUAUGGUCAAAGAAGUCUCAAUGAGAAUCAAUCAAAUACUGGAGCAAACUACUUUAGUAAUGAUUAAUCAUAAUAGCAAAGAGAGAUGUACAAAAUAUCAUUUGGAAAAACUAUACACUAAUAAAAUAAUCCUAGAGACGAUAAUACAGCUACGCACUAAUAAAUAUUGAGGAAUGCGAACUAAUCUGCAUCUGAAUAUCUUAAUUAGUCAGACAGUGGAAGUUAAGAAAACAUGUCUUCAGCUUAAUAGCUUUAAAGAAAUCCUGAUUUAUCCCAAGAUACUCAGAUAUUAAAUGACUAUGGAAUCAAUAACAUCAGAGAUACAAGCUCCAAAAAUAUUUUAAAGAUUAAUAAUAAAGCUAUCAACUUUAAAGUAGCUGACAUUAUAUAGGUAUAGAUAAGUAAUUUUGACCAGAUGAUACAAAUUCUAAGCUAUGGUUCUAAUAACCCUCAAGAUGUAAUUGACAUUCUGUGGAUUAUUUCUCAUUCUCUAAAGUAAACUCUAUUGAGGAAAAAUCGGCUAGGGUAAUCUAAUUCUCUCUUGAUGGCCUUAUUUAAUGUGAUAAAAAAGUGGUAGCAAAAUGAGGAAAUACUUAACUUAGGUUUGAGAUGCUUGACCACAAUAACUUUGGUUGAAAAAUUGAGAACAGACGGUUAUCAUAAUUUGAUUGAGUUUCUAUUUGAUUUGGCAACAAAAACUAUCUCUUAAACAGAUUAAAAAUUUCUUAUAUAUGAUGAAAUAAAGGUAAACUCCCUCAGAGUGAUCUCUAAUUUCUAGCCAUAAAUGGAAAAUGAAAUAUUGGAUAAGCUUUUUGUCCACAUAAAAUUGAUAAAGAUUAUCGAAAAGUCUGAAAGUGAACUUAUAAUGGCUCUUGGACUUAGAGUCCUAUGCAAUAUAUCUUCUAUCAAAGUAGCUCAUCAGUAAUUAGCUGAUCUUAAAAUUUUGUAUCCGAUUUUCAAUAACUUACAAAACUAAGGAGAGUAUCAAAAUCAGAUAAAGAAAUAUUGCCUUGGAUUUUUGCAUAAUAUGCUCUAUCUGAGUUAAAAUUUCAAACAAAUGAUUACUGAGCUUGGACUAAUUCACUAUAUAAAAAUGGAUCUUUCUAUUCAUGUGAAUUCUAGCUUAGGAUUGAGCAAGGAUGAGACAAGUAUUGUUUAGCUGAUGAUCUCGAUAUUGGGGCAUUUAGCAGAUAAGACCCCAACCAUUUCUGCUUUGAUAGGGGAGCUUAAACUACUGCCAAUAAUUUAAGGAUACUUAAAUAUUACAUCUGCUAUGAGUUAAAAGCAAAUACAUAUUGAGACAUUCAGAUGUGUCAUUUAAUCACUAAUGAAUUUAUGCCAAAUAGAGGCUAAUAAAGAGCAAUCUAGUGUUCGACAUCAUUUUAAUACUUCUGAAUACGACAAAUGA